UUAUUCAUAAUCAUAAUGACAACCAAUAUUACAAUAUGCACCACUAUCAUCGUCAUUAUUAUUUCAAUAUUGAUUAUUGUAAUUGAUGCAACAGGUUUCUAUCUACAUCAUCAACAUCAAACACCUAAAUUUUCAUAUUCAUAUACAAUUAAUCAUCUAAAUCGAUUGAACAAUAAUGAUAGACCAUCAAGAAGUAAUAAUAAUGAUAAUGAUUUGAUAAAUCAACCAUCAUCAUCAUCGACACGAAUAAAUCACCAUAAUAAUAAUAAUAAUAAUAAUCAAAAUCAUCAUUUUCAUUUUGGAUCUCAAAGUAAUAAACGUCUAUAUCCAUAUCUGGAAAAACCAUUUCAACUAUUAUGUUCAAAACAAUCAAAAUUUCAUCGUGGUUUCUAUGUUGGACGAUCGGAUGAUAAUAAACAUUGUUAUUAUGUUUGUCCUGAUAAUCCUGACAAAAUACCGAUUGGCCGAGUCAAUUAUUUCUGUUGUCGUUCAGGAUUUGGUUUUGAUUUUGUAACCAAAGUCUGUAUUAGAACACAAUCGAUAAAUCCAACAAAACCACCAAUUGUACAAAACAAUAAUAAUAACAACCAUAAUCGAUGGUCUUUUCAACCAACAAAAUGGUCAAAUCCAUGGAAUAAUAAUCGUAAUGAUGAUAGAAUUUCUAUCAUAAAAACUGGUAUCAAAUCAACAAAACCUGAAUGUAUGAAUGGUGAAACUAAACCACAUCCAUAUGAUUGUCAAAAAUAUUAUCGUUGUUUAUUUAAUCUUAAAUUUGUUGAAAUGAAAUGUCCAUUUAAUUUUGGUUGGAAUCCUAUACAUAAAUUAUGUGAUCCAACAUAUAGACAACAAUGCCGGCCACCAAUAUUGAAACCACCGAUGUCAAAAAAUGAUAAUAUUCCAAUGAUAAAAUCAAAAUGGCCAUCAAAAUUCAAUUCAAAUCGAUUUGGGACAAAAUUUAAUAAAAGGCCACAAUUACCACCUUAUAAGCCAUCGAUGGAAAAACGACUACAUAUAAAUCAACGACCAUCGACUUCAAAUGAAAUCGAUCAAAAUUCAUUUGAACAACCGCAACAAAAAAUCGACAAUGAAAAUGAAAAUAAAUGGUCACCAGAACCUCACCACAAUGGUAAUGUUCCAUGUCCUACAAAUCGAUGGCAACGUAAAUUUUUCCUUCAACAUUAUGGUCGUGAUUGUAUUUCUAAUGACAAUGAUAAUAACAUCAUUAAUAAAAAUCCAUCGUCGGUGGCAACUUCAUCGAUAACAAAUUCAACAUCCAAUAAUUCACCACCUUUUAGACGGCGUCGACCAUUUUUUGGUACAAAAACACUUCCAAUCAAUGAUAAUGGUAGAAAAACUACAAAACGAAAAUUCUGGCAACGACGACGUCCAAUUUCAACAACAACAACAACUACUACUACAACCACAACGACAACAACAACGACCACACCUUCCCCAAUCAAAGAGAUAAUACCAAUCAAUUUUCCAGAUACUUAUUCACCUGGAAUAAUUCCUGAAUCUACACAAUCAUCAUCCACCACUAUUUCGACAACCGAAACAAUUACCGAUAUCGAAAUUAUGACGCCACCAUCAACUAUGUCAACGGAAAUUGACGAAAAAACAUCGACCACCACUGAAAAUCUAAUGACUGUCAAUCUGGAAACGGACAAACAGUCAAGCUCAACAACCACAAUACCAUUAGAAACACUUGAAACAACAACGGAAUCUGAUGAUAAUGCUAAUGAUGUUGAAUCAUCAUUAUCCACAACUACAACUAUGAGUCCAAAUGAUCUGCUUCCAACUGAUGGUGUUGAAAGAGAGGAAUCUACGACAACCGAAUCAACAUCAACAAUUACAACGGAAAUGACAACAAUAACACCAAUAGAAACAACUACUAUUGAAAUUCGUGAACCAUUAAUAUUUGAAGAGAAUGCCCAUUGCUAUGAACCGACAGCUCGUUAUAAAGAUGAUGAAGAUUGUCAAUGUUUUUAUGAAUGUCAAUUCAACAGACGAUUAACAAGAAAUUGUUGUCCAGAUGGUCUAUUUUUUAAUCAAAUGGAUUAUGAGCCAAGUGUCAAUGGAACAGAUAUGUCAGAUGAAUCAGAAUCUGAAAUUGCAUAUUGUGAUCUAACUGAAAAUGUUGAUUGCAAAACAUUUAUUCAGUAACUUAAUUUUGUGGCCAAAUGAACA